UGGGGCGUGCUCUGUGUUUGCAAGUUACCGCAUACAUAAAAGCAUUUUCGUGUAUCGUUACCUGAUUGACAGCUAACCUAGGCUAUCCGUAGUUAGGCGAUUAGGAUAGUUAACCUAGCUAAACUAGCUGGAUAGAUAUUACAACUGAAAUUUUUACCAGUUUUCUUGAAGUUACGUAUUUCGUUAGCUAGGUUAACCAGUUUGAGUUUUAACAUGGCUACAAAUGCCCCUUAAUCUUGGCUUCUCAGGAAUAAUAAAAGCAACUAGGUAGAACCCACACCAUAAUCUACCGUAAGAUUAAUUAACUAGCGUUAGCUAGCUAAGAGCUUGUUAACUUUACAUAUGGGUAUAACGCUAGAUAACUAACCUAAUGCAGCUAGCGUUAGCUAACUAACGCUAGCAUACCUAAGUUGGCUCACUACUUGAUUUAACAGCAAACCUAGCGUUAACUUACUAUUUUCGGGUUCAUGCUGGUCCCGUGAUGCUCAGUCAUACCGUUGUGCUAUCGCUAGCUAGAGUUCAUUACGAUGAUUCAUGUGGUGCCAGAGACGUGCACUCAUGUCUUGGCUGAGUUUGACUGUUUAGAUCCCUUACUGUCUGUUCUGCGUCUAGACUCGGGCAGACUGAAGUGCACAUGCCUUGCAGCAUCAAGGAAAUGGCUCGCUCUUGGCAACUCAGCAGGAGGGCUGCACAUCAUCCAGAGAGAUGGUUGGAAACAAAGACUUAUCCUUACACACAAGGAGGGCUCUAUUACACAGGUAGCAUGUUGCCCUCAUAAUGAAGACUUCAUCGCUGUGGCAACAAGUGAUGGGGCAGUGGUGGUGUGGGACCUGCAGGUGGAGCGGCGGGGGCGUCCUGAACGGGCAUGUGUGUCAUGGGAGCACAGAGGACAGACCAUCACAGCUCUAUGCUGGGAUACAUUAGCUGUACGGGUGUUCAUUGGAGAUGCAGGCGGAAAAGUGUCCUUUGUGCGUGCUGGGUCGUCCAAAUUGGGCAAGGGUUCAGGAUUUGUGCUCUUCCCAGUUCAGACCAUCACCACAGUAGAUUCCCGUGUGGUGCAGCUGGGAUACCUAGAGGGUCGUCUGCUUGUCUCCUCUCUCAGCCGCUGCUACCUCUGUGACACUGAAAGGGAGAAGUUUUGGCGGGUUGGGAAUAAGGAGCGUGACGGGGAGUAUGGAGCUUGUUUUCUCCCCCAGCAGCAGGCUGGGCUGAGGGGCCAAACCAGUGGUGCUGCCCACCUGCUGUACUGCGCUCGGCCCGGCUCACGUGUCUGGGAGGCCAGCUUUGAUGGAGAGGUGCUCAGUACCCAUCAGUUUAAACAGCUGCUCACCUGCCCUGCAUUGCCACUCAUCUCCUCUAAGACUGAGAUGCAGUAUAACCCAGAGCAAAAGAGUCCUCAGUCUCUUGCCUUCUCGCGACUACUUUCCCUCAGUGAUCAGCAUCUCCUAACAUGGACACACACUGCCAUCUAUAUCUUUACACCCCAGAGUGGGCAGGUGUUGCUCUGGACUGUGGUCAAAGAUGUAGUAGAGAUGGCAGUGUUCCGUAAUGAGCUGUUUUGCCUCCAUGGCAGUGGACAUUUGUCUCACCUGUCAUUGUUGCCUGUUGAACGCUGUGUGGAGAGACUGAUGAAGCGAGAGAGCUGGACACUGGCUGCAACUGUCUGCUACAUGUUCCAGCAUGCUAUAACAACAUGCAAGGCAAGGAAGGCUAUCCCACUUGAGCGCCUGGAAUACCUCAAGGCUCAGCUCAGCUCCACAUCCCAGCAGCAGAAGGAUCUGAUUGACCAGCUGGAGGAUGUGAUCAGCAAGUUGGAACCUAUGGACUCUGCCUGCAGCAGUCGCAGAAGCAGCAUCUCCUCUCAUGAGAGCUUCAGCGUGAUGGACUCUGGCAUCUACCGUGUUAUAAGCCGUAGAAGCAGCCAGUCAGAUGACGACAACAACUCUCUUAUUAGCCAGUCACUGCUGGAGGAGGAAAGAAUGAAGGAGUUUAACUUUACUCAGGAGGAGGAGCAGGGAGAACAUGAUUCUCAGUCAUGUGUGCGGGUAGAGGGGGACAAAUCUGAUCUUGGCCUUCAGUUCCACCUGCCACUCUCAUUUUGCCCCAAACCACCUCGCAUUGCCCUGCAAGCUGUUAAAGACAGCGUCUCAAGCUUUGUGAAGAAGACCACCGAGAAGAUCAACACUCUGCAAAUGAACUCUGACCUUUGGCCCCGACCUGACCAUAGGGAUGGCGGACAGGGAGAAGCCACAGCCUCAAUGACCCCAUAUUUAGAUGAAGUGGACAUGGAAGCAACAGCUGAGCAUACAGAGAAUUAUCUACAGGAGCUAAGAGCAGCGACAGGAAAAGCCAUCUUACAGAUCCAGGACCCUUCUGUUCUUUUGGACCCGGCCUGCCUGGAAAAGGUUCUCCUAGAGUGGGUCCCUGUUCUGAAGACAACCCUGGCCCCAGAGGAUCAAAUCAGCACAGAGAGAAAGGAUGAAAAGAAGGGAGUGGAGAAAAGGAUCUUGGAAAUGAAAGAGAGAGACACAGAAACCCAGCCUUCUCAGGCCACCCUUCCUGAGUCUGACAGUGCAGUAGGAUCCCGGGAAGAAGCAGACCACUUCUCAACCCAUAUGGAGGGGGCAGGCAUUACAGAGAAUAACCUCAGUCAACCCCUGCAUGUUGCUGUGUCUACACCGUUAGUAGCUACAGUGAAACUUCAACAACCCUUGCCCUCUGACCUGCAGAAUGACCUUUCUCGACUGGCUUGUCUUUACAUGGAACUUGGCUGCCCAGGAGGAUCAGAAGAGUUAAGCAUAGGGGUCAGUGGAGGGCUUGAGAGGGUGUGUGUGUUUUUGCGGAGGUUCUUUUUCCUUAUGGACCAGGACAGAGUGAGAAGGAUGUGUACGAUGAGGUACAGAGAGCAGCCAGAUGUCCUGAAAGCCUUCAUUUCUGGCAUGCUGGAGUUCACACAGGCCAGUAAGGUGGUGGAAGUGAUCCAGAAAGGAGAAUUGCUGAAGUCACUGCGCUGUUUGAGGGACCUGCAACCCUGGAAUUCCCCUGUACUUCUUUCACACCUCUACAGACUGUAUGAGAGGCAUGGCGAGGUAGCCGUUCGUGCAUACCCCCAGUUCUAUCCUACAGUCCUCCCCUCUGACAUCAUGGCCAUGGUUGAGCCCAGGCACUUCUUGCCUUACCUAGACAAUCUGGUUCAGUCCCAGACUGAGGAACAAAGACUCUCCUUCUUGGGGUCCCUUCUUCAGCCCGAGACGCUGCGACAAGAUUGGCUUGAACUGGCUCUUACCCAUGAUGCACCACAAAAAGAUGAUACACUGACAACUGAUGGACACCCAAAGUGGCACGCUCACUACUUUUGCUGGGGUUAUGGGCGCCUGCUGUCUAUGCUGAUCCGCCUGCCUGCUGAUGUUGCCUCCAAACAGAAGAUGCUGGAGUCCUGCAGGCUUUAUGGGUACUGGCUAGGUUACCUGUACCUGUGUAAUGAACUGCAACGUCGCUCUGAGGCUUUCUCUGCCAUCUGCAGACUGGAUGACAUGAGCCUACUGGAGGAGCCCGAUGGUACAGUUCCACAGACCAUGGAGGAGUGGAUGUUAUUGAUUCAGCUUUGUCAGCAGCACAGUAACAGCACCAGUCCCUCAAAUUCAGCCACCUCCCCUCUCCUUUCUAGACCUACCAGCACAGCUAUCAGCAGCAGUGCCCACACCUGCAGAGGCUCCACUAACAGUGAAGGUGGGCCUGGUGCCCUGGCUCACGUUUCAGCAGACUGGAGCAGCCAGAUGAGCGUGGAGAAGGUGACUCUGCGGCUUGCCCGGGUGGUGGGGUCGGAUCGUGCCCUCGCAGCACUGCAGGAGUGUGGGCUACAGUUAGAGCUCAGCCCCCACUCAACACUGGUGUGGGAGCUGCUGAAAGUGGCAGAAAAGAGGCAGAGAGCUUUGAUCCAGACAAUGCUGGAGCGGUGUGAUCGCUUCCUCUGGUCUCAGCAUGCCUAAGAUGGACUCCUGAUCUCCUCACAUCCUCCCUGUUCCCUACACCAACCAGCAAGACAAUCUGCUUUGAAUGUACUAAUGAGUCUGUCUUCUAUGUUAUGUCAGGGACCAUGAGCAUAAUUUUCUCAGUGUUUGCUGCUUUGUAUCCAUUUUUGCCUUUCUUUUCUGAAAUUCUCAGUAUGAACAUAUAGUUGGUUCUAGAUUCAUGCCCUUCUUUUGAGACACUUUGGUUCUUUGGACUCUUUUUAACAAAACAUCUUGUGGUUGUGGUGCUGUUUUCUACCCGAGUUUCGCUUUAGUAUAUAGUGGCUCAGAUGAGGUGCAGUUUUAAAGUGAUGGUAGCCAGCUGCUUGUUUCAGUCUGACUGGCUCAUGCUUCUUGAUGCAUCACUGUGUGAUAAUGUCUGGUUCAGGAUCCAGCAUAUUUAUUGAAAAAUAUUUAAUGAAGUGUUUCACUUUCUUAGGAGUGGAUCAAAAAGUUCUGUAAACUCUUUACCUUUAGCAGAGAGCAUUCCACUACAACUCAUAUGUGUGUGCUCUGACUAGUACCGCAUCUCUGCAUUCUGAUGCUACAAAACCUGUAUGUGAGAAGGAUGUGCAUAACAAGGAAAUAUGACCUUGUCUUUAAAAAAAAAAAAAAAAAAAAAAAGAUUUGUUACCCUACAUUUCCUUAAGCUUUUUAAAGCAUGAUCAGGACUUGCCAACACAGCGAUAUGGUGAUCUGGGUUUGCCCUACCUCUAUGUAUUAGUAAGUGCAGUUUUCUGUUACUUGGAGGUCCUUGAUUGCAGUAUCACUAGCUGACCUUCCAGUUACUGCAGUUUUUUAUUGAGGCUUUAGAGCAGUAUUAAUGUCUCGUUGUUUUAUAUUGUUUUUAAAGUAAUGUUUGUUUAGAUUUAUUUAUUUAUUGCAUUGGCUUAGUAAAUUGUCCUUUAAAAAUGUUUGUACCCUAAAUGAGCCUUAAAUACAAAACAAUACAAGCACAUUCUUUGUAGAAACUAAGUUUAGUUUUAUGUAUGAAGGCCUUUUAGGAUUUAUUCCUUACAUGAAGAUUAUGCAAAAAAAAAAAAAAAAACUAAUUAAAAGGCAUUGGGGGUGAUUUUGUGGCUUCUAACCACUAGCAGAUGGAAUCUUGGUCUCAUGGCUCUCAUGAUAAAAGGCGGUAAUAAAGAUGUUUUCCCAA